GAACAGGACUUUUAAUUUGGUUUGGCGAUAUGACGUCAUAAGGCUGCGCACGCAGCGUGCUGCGUCUGUGAUUGGACUGAAGAAAGAAAAAUUCCAGGUGAAGUGACUGAGAUCCACGUGACCAGUGUAAAGAUGGCGUUUAUUAAAGAUGAGAGUGAAGACACGAGGAUUGAAGAAGCAUUCAGUGUGAAACAAGAAGAAACUGAGGAACAAACAGACCUGAUGGUGCCUAAAGAGGAGAGUGAAGAACUUAAUAAAAUGGAAGAGAAAGACCAGAAACAUAAUUUCAUUACUGGAGAAAAAUCCACAGAGACUGAAAAGAUUUCCUCACGAAAAAAGUCUAAGACAACCAAAUCUAUAUGUCCUUUCAUCUGCCCACAAUGUGGAAAACGUUUCACUCAGAAAGCACAUCUUAAAGUUCACAUUAGAAGUCACACUGGAGAGAAGCCUUUCACCUGCAAACUGUGUGGGAAGAGCUUCACACGAAAAGGAAGUCUUAAGAUUCACAUGAGAAUCCAUACUGGAGAGAAGCCGUUUUUAUGUGGUCAGUGUGGAAAGAGUUUCAGAUGUAAAGAAACCCUUAAUUCCCACAUGAGGGUCCACUCGGAAGAGACCCAUUUUAGAUGUCAUCAGUGUGGAAGGAGUUUCCGAUUAAAAAAAAACCUUAAGACUCACAUGAGAGUUCACUCUGAAGAGAAACCUUACUCAUGCCAUCAUUGUGGAAAGCGUUUUGUUCAUAAAGGAAGCCACAAGAAUCACAUGAAUAUUCACACUGAAGAGAAGCUGUUCAUGUGUGCUCAGUGUGGAACAUGUUUCAAGUAUAAAGCAACUCUUAAUGCCCACAUGAGAGAUCACACUGGAGAGAGUCCAUUCACCUGCAAACUGUGUGGGAGAAGCUUCUCACACAAUGGAAAUCUUAAGACUCAUAUGAGAAUUCACACCGGAGAGCAGCCGUUCACGUGUGAACAGUGUGGAAAGAGUUUCAGACGUAAAGAAACCCUUGAUUCCCACAUGAGAGUUCACACUGGAGAGAACCCUUACAGCUGCAAAGUGUGUGGAAAUGGCUUCUCACUGAAGGGAAGCCUUAAUACUCACAUGAAAAUUCACACUGGUGAGAAACCAUUCGUUUGUGAUCAGUGUGGAAAGAGUUUUGGACGUAAAGGAACACUUAAUUACCACAUGAGGAUUCAUUUAAGAGAGACCAAUUUAACAUGUCAUGAGUGUGGAAAGAGUUUCACGGACAGUAAUCACCUUAAGAAGCAUGUGAUAAUUCACAUCGGGGACAAGCCUUUCAUGUGCCAUUACUGUGGAAAGACUUGUAAAAGCAAAUCAAACCUUGAGAAUCACAUAAAAGUUCACACUGGAGAGAAGCCUUUCACCUGCCGAGAGUGUGGAAAAGGUUUCACAGUUAAAAGAAACCUUCAGAUUCACAUGAGAGUUCACACCGGAGAGAAACCUUACAAGUGUCGUCAGUGUGAGAGGAGUUUCACGUGGCCAAAGGAGCUGAAACGUCAUUUGCAAAUUAAAUGUGAAAAUAAAACUGCAGUGUUCUGAAUGUAAUAAGAGGUUUACAAAGGGGGACAUUUUCAGAAAUCACCUGCAGAAUCCCUCUGGAUGAUUUAAUUGACCUAUCGGUAAGCCCCGCCCCCCUUAAUUACUGUUGCUCCCUCGGACAAACAAACAGAGUUGCUCACUGUCUCACAAUGACAUUUGUCAGUGUGAAAACCUUGUCCCACAAUGUUUUUGCACAAUUUUGGACACAGAAGGGCCACCA